UUCAUCAAGUGGCUACAUCGUCAGGUGACAAGGAAACCAGAAUGAGCACUAAAAAGUCUCCUGAAGAACUGAAAACAAUUUUUCAAAAAUAUGCAGCCAAAGAAGGUGAUCCAGACCAGCUGUCAAAGGACGAGCUGAAGGCUCUGAUCCAGGCGGAAUUCCCCAGCCUGCUGACAGGCUCAAGUACUCUAGAUGACCUCUUUAAAGAACUGGACAAAAAUGGUGAUGGAGAAGUUAGUUUUGAAGAAUUCCAAGUACUGGUACAAAACAUACCACAAUGAAAGAGCCAUGGAU